AUGACUUGCAAAGGAGCUCCUGCAAAUCCGAAUUGGCAGCCAAAACGAAAGAAGGCAAAGCAACAACAACCUGAAAACCAAUCAUCACAGCCACCUCCAGAUCAGCAGGAAGCACAGGCCGGGGAAGGAGUUGGAAGCAAUGUUCCCCAAAAUGUUACUGCCCCAUAUAUUGAUCCAGUGGGUAAAGCAAAAAGGCAAAAGAAAAAAGCCCCUAGGACCUCUAACACUCAUUCAGUCCAACAAGAGACAAGGGUUGACACUCAAUCUUCACACCCUGCCCAACCACCACUAGAGGGUGUGGACUCCAAUACUGAGCCCUCAUACCCUGCUACCCCAACUGCACUACCCGAGGUGCCAAAUUUCAGGCCCAAGCAACCUAUAACUAGACCUCCAGGACCUACAGCGCACCACUCUCAACAGCAGGCCACAGCCCCAACAGUUCAGCCACCUCUACAGCAAGCAACAACCCCAAACUCACAACCAUCAACUCAGCAACAACUACCAUGUCAAGGAGCAACUGACUCAGGGACUGCCACAACUCCCUUCAUGUUUAUCCCCACACCAGGCCUAAAUGCACCCCACAAAUUCAAGCCAACAUAUGGGUUUAGGCCACCAAGGAUCCAGAAAUGA